AUGGCCACCAAUAAGGAACGACUCUUUGCCGCUGGCGCCCUGGGGCCUGGAUCUGGCUACCCUGGGGCUGGUUUCCCCUUUGCCUUCCCAGGGGCGCUCAGGGGGUCUCCACCUUUUGAGAUGCUGAGCCCUAGCUUCCGGGGCCUGGGCCAGCCUGACCUCCCCAAGGAGAUGGCCUCUCUGUCCGUGGAGACGCAGAGCACUAGCUCUGAGGAGAUGGUGCCCAGCUCCCCCUCGCCCCCUCCACCUCCUCGGGUCUACAAGCCGUGCUUCGUGUGCAAUGACAAGUCCUCUGGCUACCACUAUGGGGUCAGCUCUUGUGAAGGCUGCAAGGGCUUCUUCCGACGCAGCAUCCAGAAGAACAUGGUGUACACAUGUCACCGAGACAAAAACUGUAUCAUCAACAAGGUGACCCGGAACCGCUGCCAGUACUGUCGGCUACAGAAGUGCUUUGAAGUGGGCAUGUCCAAGGAAGCUGUGCGGAAUGACCGGAACAAGAAAAAGAAAGAGGUGAAGGAAGAAAGCUCCCUUGACAGCUAUGAGCUGAGCCCCCAGUUAGAGGAGCUCAUCACCAAGGUCAGCAAAGCCCAUCAGGAGACCUUCCCUUCACUCUGCCAGCUGGGAAAAUACACCACGAACUCCAGCGCAGACCACCGGGUGCAGCUGGACCUGGGGCUGUGGGACAAGUUCAGCGAGCUGGCCACCAAGUGCAUCAUCAAGAUUGUGGAGUUUGCCAAGCGGCUGCCCGGGUUCACAGGGCUCAGCAUUGCGGACCAGAUCACUCUGCUCAAGGCUGCCUGCCUGGACAUCCUGAUGCUUCGGAUCUGCACAAGGUACACCCCAGAGCAGGACACCAUGACCUUCUCUGACGGGCUGACCCUGAACCGGACUCAGAUGCACAACGCUGGCUUUGGACCCCUCACUGACCUCGUCUUUGCCUUUGCUGGGCAACUCCUGCCAUUGGAGAUGGAUGACACAGAGACCGGCCUGCUCAGUGCCAUCUGCCUCAUCUGCGGAGACCGCAUGGACCUGGAGGAACCUGAAAAAGUGGACAAGCUGCAGGAGCCACUGCUGGAAGCCCUGAGGCUCUAUGCCCGGCGGCGGCGGCCCAGCCAGCCCUACAUGUUCCCAAGGAUGCUCAUGAAAAUCACUGACCUCCGGGGCAUCAGCACCAAGGGGGCAGAAAGGGCCAUCACCCUGAAGAUGGAGAUCCCAGGCCCGAUGCCGCCCCUGAUUCGAGAGAUGCUGGAGAACCCUGAGAUGUUUGAGGACGACUCCUCGCAGACCGGCCCCCACCCCAAGGCCUCUAGCAAGGAUGAGGUUGCAGGGGGCCAGGGCAAAGGGGGCCGCAGCCCUCAGCCUGACCAGGGCCCCUGA